CCGAAAAUGCCGACCAGGCUUCGGCUUUGGCCGAUGUGCUGGAUUUCCCGUUAUUGGUUCGUCCUUCGUAUGUAUUGGGCGGACAGGGAAUGAAAAUCGUUAUCAACAAACAGGAAUUGGAGGAGCAUGUAAUCGAUUUGCUGAAGAAUAUUCCGGGAAAUAAAUUAUUAUGGGCAUUUUUAGAUGGCGCGAUUGAAGCUGAAGCGGAUGCGAUUUGCGACGGAAAUGUAUACAUCAUCGGAAUCAUGGAGCAUAUCGAACCGUGUGGCGUACACUCGGGAGAUUCAAAUGCGACGCUGCCGCCGUUCAAUUUGGGCGAAUUUGUGAUGCAGCAAAUCAAAGAUCAUACGAAAAAAAUUGCGUUAGCCCUGCGAACCGUCGGUUUGAUCAACAUCCAGUUUGCCAUCAAAGACGAUAUCGUAUACAUCAUUGAAGCCAAUCCGAGAGCUUCGAGAACCGUACCGUUCAUUGCCACAGCGUAUGGCGAACCUUAUGGAAUUACGCGACCAAAGUCAUGCUGGCAACCUGCCGAUUGUCAUCAUCACAACCGAUACCAAUCCGAAUACCAAUCGCCUUAUGAAAUUGUUGACAGCCCGGAUGUCUAUGGCACGAUGAAAAUCAUCAAACAUCCUGAUGGUUCCCGCAAUUACGUUACCGAUCAAAAACUGCCGGCAUUUUUGAAUUACAACGGCCGUUUAGCGAUACAAAUCCGUGGUCUUCUCUCAGGAUUUACCCAAAAAGGCUAUAAGGUUACGACAGUUAUGGCCGAUAAUGUAACCAAUAACAAUGUGAGCUUACUGGGAAUGCCUUCUGAGAACGACUGGUUUUGA